AUGUCAACAACUUCCCAUUCCAUUGUUCACCACAGCUUAUUCGAGGAGCAGGAUCAGAUGCCUACACAGAUAGGUUUCUUUCCCUUUCCAACAAACCUUACUUUCCCUCCUUUGGGUUGCCAUCAAUCCUCUCUGAAAGCUGCUCAAAAGUCAAGGGAAGACCUCACUUCUAGCUUUCGAGGAGCUCAAUUCCUAUCCUUGCAUAGAUUAAGUGUAAAUCCAUGGGCACUGGGAGAAGUGGCUGAUUGCUUCAGCUGUAAAAGAAGUGGAAUUGAUGAUCAUCAUCUCGGAAUUUCAGCCACGAAGAUGAAGAAAAUCAAGGCAAGAAGGAAGGUGAGAGAGCCUAGGUUUUGCUUCAAGACCAUGAGCGAUAUGGAUGUAUUGGACGAUGGCUACAAGUGGAGGAAGUAUGGACAGAAAGUUGUGAAGAGCACGCAUCACCCUAGAAGCUAUUACCGUUGCAUACAAGAUAAUUGUCGUGUAAAGAAACGAGUGGAACGCUUCGCCGAGGAUCCAAGGAUGGUGAUAACCACAUAUGAAGGGAGACAUGUUCACUCUCCAUCAAAUGAUCUCGAAGACUCCAUCUCAACUUGAUAACUUCUUAUUAUGGUACACUACGCCAACCAUAAUAUUCGUGUAAAAUGUAUACGUUCUUAAGGGUGUGAUUUGUUGAGAUGAAAAAUGAAUUAAGUA